AUGGGUGAGGGAAGAAACAUUGUUGCAGUGAUGGUCGUUUUAGGUAUGUUGCUGGUUUUGUCUGAUUUGGUUGAUGCAAGAACCUAUGUGGUUGGGAAAAAAGAUGGUUCAUGCUCAGAGGAUAUAUGUUGGACCUUUAAUGUUACUGAUUGGCCUAAGGACAAGAACAUUGCUUCUGGUGAUGUGCUCGUUUUCAAUUACAAUCCUUCUGUGCACAACGUGGUGUUUGUGGACGAGAUAGGAUACAAAACAUGCACAGUUCCAAAAGAUCCAAGAUAUUCGAGAGUGUAUAGAACAGGACAUGAUCAUAUUCAACUUCCUGAUUUCGGACCCAUUCAUUUCAUUUCAAGUGUCAAAGAUGAUUGUAAAAGAGGAAUCAAAAUUGAAAUCCGAUGA